UCUGGCCAGAAGCACCUAGCUACAACUUAAAAGCAUUCCCCAAGUAGACCGGACAAGGCGCGGCAGCUUUGCGCGGAAAUCUAAGAAGCAACGAUGAAGAGCAGCACGCUCACGGCGAUCCUAGUUCUCCAGGCCAUCCUGGUCAUGGGAAUCCUUGCAGAGGUGAAUGCCGUGGGGUAUUGGCCGAAGUGCUGCGACAACUGCAGGACCUUCUCGGGGGUCAUGGUCUGCGACGACGCCAUGGCCAAGUGCCACCCCAACUGCUUGGCCUGCCGCGUGGUGCAGGAGAAGCCCGUCAAGACGUUCCGGUGCGCCGACCAAUUCACCGAAGACCAAACCUGCGGUCGCAAGCCCUGCAAGCACCACUGAUCAGAUCUCAGAUGAGAUGGCCCAACGAGAUGCAGACCACAAAAUAUAUAAAUUGCCAUCAUCGUCGCCUUUGUUACUGCUGUCCUUUUCUGCCAGAGAAAAAACUGUUGUUGCCUGCCGAUGGCCGAUCAGCUGGUCGGUGUUGCAUGUCGUAACCUCAGUGAAUAAACAUAUGUCUUAAUAAAUAAUAAUGUAUGCGUCUCUGCCCAGUUAAAUAAAAAUCGGUGCACAUGUGGAAUGUUGUUCUGUGGUGCGGCGGCAUCGUUAUUUUCACA